AUGGGAGAUCCCAUCCAGGAGGUCUUCUUCGUGGCGGAGGGCAUUUUCUCCGUCUCGCUCCGCGAGGGGCCGGCCUCCAAGACGGCACAACGGUCGGAGAUUGUCACCUCCCUGCUGCGGGCGCCCGCCUGCUUCGGCUGGGCGGCGCAACUGCACAACGAGCACUUCGAGGAGUCUCUGACCUGCUCGGCCGCAGGAAAGCUCUACGUUCUGCAGCUGAAGCACUUGCUAAUGAUGCUCUCAGCAGCCCAGCAGGAAGCCCUGACCCGCGCGGCACAGCAAGAACGCAGGUUUCACUGGGCACGUGCAAGCUUGAUGAGGGCCAUGAACAGACGCCCAGCAAGGCAACUCUAUGCCGUUGGGGGCCGCCUGGCGGCUUUGGGCGAGGAGCUGCGGGCGCUGGCCCAGGCAGCGCAGCUGUCACACGUCUCCUCUCAGCUUGCUGGUCCGCUGAAUCCUUGGAGCGGAAUCCGCGGAAUCGACCGCUUCACACGACCGCCGCACGGGAGAAGAUUCCACCACUGGAGCCGGACCUUAGCCGAGUCCCACAAGAAGAGGUGCCAAAGACGCUGCAACAUGAUCUUGCCCAAAAGCAGUGGUCGUGGAUGGUCGUGGCAAUUGACAGCAAGCACGGUGUGUCUAUAG